UAUAUAUUUAACAAACUUGAGACUAAUUGCUAUAAACUGUUAAGAAGUCAGAGACAAAUGGGGACAAGAAAAGUCAUUAUGAUCAUAGAAUAACAAUUUAAAAAGUCAAACAAGAUCCUUUCUGAGACAUUCCCCCCACUCCAUAUAUCACAAAUAAAAUCCCCUCCCCCACCAUCAUUUUGCAUAUCUCCACUAACCAAAAUCACGAAGCCACUUCCUCCUUAGCCAAUCUCAGCUCCCAACUUCAAUCUCACCCACCUUCCCUCUCCUCUCCUCUUCUCUCUCUCCCUCUCUCUCUCUCUAAAAAUACCAGACAAAAAUGCUGGGAAAGAAGAUGGGAAGCUUCAAAAAACUAGCCAAGAAAGUGAAGGUUAUGGGUGGUGCUAAUGAGCCAUCACACCAUGAAUGUUUGCUAAGAGAGUCAGCAGCAGCAGAGCAAGGAGGGUCUCCUUCAACCAAACCCCCAACUGGGUUUUUGGCCUUGUAUGUUGGAGAAGAGCGCCAGAGGUUUCUGGUGAGGACAAGCUUUCUCUCUCAUCCACUCUUCAAGAUGCUGUUGGAGAAGGCUUACAAUGAGUAUGGAUUUGAGCAGAGAAAUGGACUUGUGGUUCCCUGCAGUGUGUCUGCUUUUGAGGAGGUUGUGAAUGCUGUGGAAUGCAGCAAUGGGAAGUUUGAUUUUGGAGAGCUUGUUGAGGAGUUUAUUUCCUGAGUAAAUUAAGAUAUGUUAGUGGAAAUGGUUAGAUUAGCAAUUCCGUGUAUGUACUAGAACAUGUUCAUAUACAUAUAAAAAUACUUCAGCUCUUCAAAAGGGCUGGAGCUAGUUUUGGUCA